UUGUAACUGACACAUUUUUAUUCACUGUGAUGUAAUUAGUCUUAAAAAAAGUGUCUUUUGUUCGGAUAAGGAAAAAUGUUUGCAUUUGUAUUCAUGAUUGUAGUCUUGAUCCACCCGGCGUCGACAUUUCCUGAUUCGAAAGGUGAUGUUCUGAAUGCAGGGCUUAUAUAUGAGAUUGUUUCAUCUUUUAUGGAAACAAAGGGAAUUGAUUGCAGAUCUUUAGCGAAAGAUGUUGCUUAUUUGAGUAAAGAAAUGAAACAGCAAAGUAUAAAAAUGGACGAUAUGGUAUCAAUUAUUGCUAAACAAUCAAACGAUAUCACAGAACUACAACAUAAGCUCGGUAUAAUUGAAGAUGGGAAUGAACGUUUACGAAGGUUAUUUAAUGAGGAAAAAGAAAUAGAUAACACGACCGAGCAGAAUAUUAGUCUUACCAACAUUGACAGUAAUGUGCCUCCUCGUGAUGACGAUGAUUUGCACAUAAAAUCAAGAAUUGUUGAGAAAAAACAUGAAUGGCAAUCUCCGAUAAUUCGAAGAAUAAGAGCAAGUUCUACGGGAUUUGUUGCAUUUACAGCAUAUUUAGAUCAUCCACUUAAAGGAUUGAACCCGGUGACAACAAUCAAAUUUAAUAAAAUAAUUACCAAUAGUGGAAAUGGAUAUAAUACAUUUACCGGUAUUUUUACGGCUCCAGUGUCUGGGAUAUACUUUAUAACAUAUACGUUUGAAUGUAGCCUGAAACAGACAAACGUACGGUUGAUGAAGGAUGAUUUAAACAUAGUCGAUGCUGUUGUAUACGCUGAUGUAGAUUCCGGGAUUUAUAGACAAGGAAUGGCCACAAAUAGUGCUGUGAUAGAAGUUACAGCUGGACAGUCAAUUUGGCUUGAGACCAUUUAUGACUAUGACGCCGAAAUUUUCAGUUCUGAGGAUUAUCGUUACGUAACGUUUACAGGAUUUCUACUAGCGUGAUUCAGUCCGAAACGUUUCUUCGUUUGUAAUGUUUUUAAAAACAUAUUAUACAAUAAAAAGGAUAACUUUUCUUCUGCGAUGCGGUGGCAUAAAACGGUUCACCUGUGUGUGUGCGUGCGCGUGUAUGUCUGUGAGCGUGUAUGUGGUGCAUGCGUGCGUGCGUACGUGUGUACGUGCGUGCGUGCGGGCGUGUGUGUGUGUGUGUCUGUCUGUCUGUGUGUUCUAUAAAGAUAAUAUAGUGAACUUAAAAAAUCUUCUUGUGAAAAACAACUUUUCCAAUUUAAACCAAACUUGGUAGGAUAGUUCCUUGGAAAAAGGGCUUCCAACGUUGUUCAAAAAUUUCAUUCCAUGCAGAAAUCUGGUUACCAUGGCAACCAAAAGGAUUAUACGAAUAAAUUAAAAAAAUCUUAUUGUAAAGACCCACAAGGCCUAGAACAUAGAUAUUUUGCAUAAGGCAUUGUCUGGUAUACCUCUACCAAGAUUGUUCAAAUUAUAGCCCUGGGGUCAUGGGGUCAAAAUCGGCCCCGCCCCGGAAGUCAUUGAUUUUCACUGUAUGUAUAUAUUGUACAAACUUAAAAUUCUUCUUGUCUGAAGGUAAAAGGCUUAGAAUUAUGAUAUCUGGUAUAUGAUAUCAUCUAUAGGUACUCUACCAAAGUUGUUCAAAUUUUGCCUCUAGUGUCAAAAUUAGCCCCACCCCGGAUAGGUGUUCCGUUUAUGUUUAUAGUAAAAACUUUAAAAAAUAAUUGUCUCUAAAUUGACGAAGGCUAGAGGUUAGAUAUUUUGCAUGAAACAUUGUGUAGUUAAUCUCUAGCAAGUUCAAAUUAUAGCCUUGGGGUCAUAAUUGGCCCCGUCCCGGGGGCCAUUGAUUUUCACUAUGCACAUAUAGUAAAAAAUUAAAAAAUCUUAUUGACUGAAGGUACAAGGCUUAGAGCUUUGAUAUUUGGUAUAUGAUAUCAUCAAUAGGUAAUCUAUUAAAGUUGUUUAAAUUUUGCCUCUGGUGUUAAAAUUGGCCUUGCCCGGGGCAUUGAUUUUCAUUAUGUACACAUAGUAGAAACAGAAACUAAAACAAAUGUUUUCUGAAUUAGAGAAAGCUACAGCUUAGAUAUUUGACAUGAAAUGUUGUUGGGUGGACCUGUAUGAAGAUUCUUUGAAUUAAACCCUUGGGUCAAAAUUUUGCCUUGCCCAAGGGGACAGUGACCUUCUUUCAUGUCUUUUGGUGUACAACUAUGAAAUUUGGACUAUGUGCACAUUUUUAGUUGUAGAAUUGAACUUUGUGUCAGGUGACCUAGAUCUUGAUUAUGUGUUCUACGUUCUUGUCCUUUGAUGUACAGCAAUGAAAAUUAAACUUUGUGCACAGAUUAAAAUGUAAAGUGAAGUUUACGCCGCUUUCCAUGGAAUGGCACUACUGUGUCACAUUGAAGGUUCAAUGAUAACGCCGUAUGAACACAUCUGCGGAUGUUUCUAAAUUCAAAACUUCAUCAUUUUCGUGUUAAAUGUUGAAUUCUGCUUAAUCCAGUGCUGAGGGGCGUGGACGGUAACUAGCACUUUCAAGUACUGUCCAUAAUCAGACUCAAUCAAACCGGGCCUGCAACAUUUUCAAUUUUGUUGUUUUGGACUUUUUUAGGGAUUCUGUUUGUCUCUAUUUGAUAUCAGCUGGCCUAGAUUUGACAAAGUGUCUUACUGUGUUGUCAUUUGAUGUACAGUCAUGGAAAUUUUGGCCAUGUGAAAUAUGACCUUCGUCACCAAAUUCACUAAAAUCAACUGCAUUGAUGGAUCCCUACUCUGAACUUUUAUAUGAAUAACAAUAGAUUUAACCACUAAUCUGAUUAAAAGAAUUAGAUAGGUCAGUGAUCUAAGCAUUAUGGCAAUCUUCAAUUGUGUAGAAACAAACAAAUCCUGUUCCUACAUUACUAUUUAGUGUUAUUUUUAUGCGGUUGCAUAGGAUUUUUCACAAAUGCAAUCUUGUUAGAAAUUGAAGUAACCGUGUGCAAAAUACUUCCAAUUUCAAAAUAUCAAAGGUCACAAAUGGCUAUUAAAAUGAGUUUGAUAAUUUUUUUAAUUAUUUUUGGGAGGCGACCAUUUUUUCAUUAUUUUUGGACAUACGUACACUAUAAGUCUUAAGUAAGAAAAAUGUAUUUGCAUGGUUUUAACUAUCCAAUAGAAUGAAAUCUCCAAAACUUAAGGAACCCCACUGACGUCUAAAACCUUAAAAAAGCUUACUUUUAAAUUCUUACAUAGAUCAUACAUAGAUCGGAAACUAAAUGCGGAAAAUAUGAAUAAGACAUGAAGGAAAAUACUUUCUUUCAACUGAAAAUCAAUUGUAAGUGUGAUUCCUAGCCUAAUUUGAGUUGAUUACGUGUAUG